AUGUCCCGCAUGGUCAACGAACUCCAAUCCCCCGAUCCAGAACACCGUCAUCUCAAUAGCGAAGUCUUUCGUGCGAUCGCCGACUACACCUACGACUGGGAAAGUUGGCACGCUCCGGAUGGCAGGUUGUUAUGGGUUAAUACCGCAGUCGAGCGGAUAACGGGCUACCGUCCAGACGAAUGCCUGGCGAUGAGCGACUACCCAUUGCCACUGGUCGCCGAGGGUGAUCGUGAGCGGAUCGCCGAGGUGCUGGCCGAUGCGCUAAAGGGCGGAAGCGGCAAUGAUGUCGAAUUCCAACUAGUUCAUCGAAAUGGUUCAACGAAAUGGGGAGCCGUUUCAUGGCAGCCGAUCUACGACGACUCGAAACAGCACCUCGGAUUUCGCGGUAGCGUGCGCGAUGUGACGGAACGUCAUCUGCUGCGUGAGGAGCUCCGGCUGCACAAUCAGCAUCUCGAGCAACUGGUUCAAGAGCGGACUGCAAAGAUCGCCCAGUUGGAAGAACAGCGACUGAAGAUGGAGAAACUCGCAGCCCUGGGCCAAAUGGCCGCGGGAGUUGCCCACGAAGUAAACAAUCCCCUGGCCGGAAUUCGUAAUGCCUUCACCCUUUUUAAGGGGAGCGUACGGCCAGAUGAGGAGAAUUACGAAUUACUUGAUCUGAUCGAUGCCGAGAUCGAACGAAUUAGUUCGAUCACGCAUCAGAUGUACCUACUGUAUCGUCCGAGCCAGCAGGCUCCGUCGCAAUUCGACCUUCGCCAUACGGUGGAAGACACUAUUGUCCUGGCACAACCGCUGGCAACCAAAGCAGACGUCUGGGUAACUAGUCAAGCCAAGCACUGCAUUGGUAGUGCAGGGCUUGGACCUACAGAGGUGCUGUUGCGAGAAGGUGAGUUGAAACAGAUCUUGUUGAAUGUGAUCCGAAAUGCAAUUCAAGCCUCGCCCAUCGGAGGAUCGGUCGCCAUCGACAUUUCGACUUCGCCAAACGAAGCAAUCGUGGCAGUCAUGGACGAAGGCAAAGGUAUAUCUGAGGAGCUAGCGGAGAGGAUCUUCGAGCCAUUCUUUAGCACCAAGACCGGCACACGCGAAGGCAUGGGUCUCGGUUUGUCGGUGUCCCGAAGCCUCGCGGAGGCAAUGGGCGGGACGAUUACGAUUGAAAACAACAAAAAAGGGAAGGGAUUCUUUCCAAUGGCUGAAGGUCGCGCAAGAAUCCUCAUCGCCGACGAUGAACCGCUCUAUCUACGGACAACCAGCAAGUUGCUCCGCAAGGCGGGCUACGAUUGCGUGGGUGUUGCCGACGCAGACACUGCUUUGCAAAAACUGCGAGAGGAAAAGUUCGAUCUCAUCCUGUCAGAUCUGAAUAUGCCAGGUAAUCUGAAGCUCGAAUUACUUCAGCGGGGGCGUAGCGAUUAUCCCCACAUUCCAUUGAUCGUCAUCACGGGGGUUCCCUCGUUGCCGACGGCGAUAGAGGGCCUGCGACUGGGAAUCGCUGACUAUCUGCUGAAGCCGGUGAAGUACGAAGACUUGAUCGCCAGCAUCCGUCGUGUGCUCGCGAAACCAGCGUUGCAGCAAAGCGCCGACGAACCUGCAGGCUCCAUCAAUGUCGACGAUCCCGCUGCGAACUUUCCGGAUAUCGUGGCCCGUAGUAAACCAAUGCUGGAACUACUGGAGAUUGUAAGUCGGGUUGCACAGACCGACGCGAACGUGCUGAUCACCGGUGAGAGCGGUACCGGUAAAGAAUUGAUCGCAAAGGCAGUUCAUCGCCGCAGUCGCCGAUCCGACCAUAAUUUUCAGGUCAUCGACUGCACCGCAAUUCCCGAGUCGUUGUUCGAAUCAAUAGUCUUCGGUCACGCAAAAGGGGCAUUCACCGGUGCGGUGCGAGAUCAGGAAGGUUUACUCAGCCUGAGCAAUGGCGGGACAGCUUUUUUCGAUGAAGUUGGCGAGCUGCCCCCAGCAUCGCAGGCUAAACUGCUCCGCGCUGUUCAAGAGCAGGUGUUCACUCCUGUCGGCAAAAGCCAAGCAGUGCAUGUCGAUACUCGAUACAUCUGCGCUACAAACCGUGAUCUGAUGGAGGAGGUAAACGUCGGUCGUUUCCGCCAGGAUUUGUUCUAUCGUUUGGGGGUAAUCCAUGUGGAGUUACCACCCCUGCGAGCCCGACUCGAUGAUAUCGAGCCACUGUCAAACCACUUCUUGAAAGUAAUCCAAAAAGAAGAUCGCCGCGUCGUUGGAAUCUCAGACGAAGUGUUCGAUUGCUUUCGCAAGUACGACUGGCCAGGAAACAUACGCGAGUUGCGGAACGUAAUUGAGAGAAGUAUCGCGUUGACUCGCACAGAUAUCGUGCAACUUGAAGACUUGCCGAAGCCGGUGCUGGAAGCCACCAGUGGUCACACUGGCAAUGUAUCUGCCUUAUCUGAAAUCUCGCGCGAAGAGGCCCUCGACAACGCCGACCGCAGCUAUCUGACAACCUUGCUGGAGAAAUUCGAAGGCAACGUCGCACAGGCCGCUCGGCAAGCCGGCCUUUCCCGUCAGGGCAUGCACAAGCUUUUGAACAAGCACGGGAUCGAUGCCUCGACGUUUCGCAGCUAG